AUGCUAAAAAAAGAUCACCUGCCAGAGCCAUAUAAGCUUCCAGAGCUUGCUCUGAAAGUUUCAGUUCUACAAAUGCAUGGGCAGCAAAAAAAUACAUCAUCCAAUGUUUUGACAAAUACCUUGAAAAAUGAUAGCAAGUCCAAUGUGGAUUCGUCAUUAGCUUUAUUUAGAGAGCUAUACCAAAACGACCCCUUCAGGUUGGAUAAUUGGGAUGUAUACUCACAUUUAUUGUACUUAAAGGAGAAGAGAAUGGAGUUGGCAAACUUAGCACAAAAAGCUGUGUCUAUAGACAAAUACAGGGUCGAAACAUGUUGUGUUAUUGGUAAUUAUGAAUCUUUACACNNNNAACAUCAGAAAGCUGUUAUAUAUUUUCAAAGAGCUUUAUCUCUGGACCCUCAGUACUUAUCAGCAUGGAUUCUCAUGGGACAUGAAUUCAUUGAACUACAGAACUCUAAUGCUGCUAUACAAUGUUAUAGACAAGCAAUAGAUGUAAACAGAAAUGACUACAGAGCAUGGAAUGGACUUGGCCAAGCAUAUGAAAUAUUGGGUUUGAAUGGUUACUGUAUUUAUUAUUAUUCAAGAGCAGCACAACUUAAGCCUGAUGAUUCCAGAAUGUUGGUAUCACUAGGAGAGGCUUAUGAGAAGAUGGACAAAAUACCAAAUGCUUUGAAAUGUUAUUAUAAGGCACAUAGCACUGGUGACAUUGAAGGAAUGGCACUGUUUAAAUUGGCUAAGCUAUAUGAAAAGUCUAAUAUGCCGAACAGCGCAGCGGCUGCGUACACGGCAGCGUGUCAAGACACUGCCAACGCAGGCAGCAAGGAGUUGCCGGCCGCACAGAGAUACUUAGCGCAGUACUAUUUGCGAUUCUCACUGUUGGACCACGCCUCGCAUUAUGCGUACAAAUGCUUGGAACAUGAAAGUACCAAAGAAGCUGGUAAAAACAUUUUGAAAACAAUAUCAGAAAAAAGAUUAGCAGCAUCAUCAUCAGAACCAGCAAAUCUACCAGAAGAUCUGCCUGAAGCUAUAAAACUAGCCUCCACUUCGAUAACUCAAGAUUCAAAGAUUAUGCCCAGCCCUAACAUCACACCUGAUAACUUUUCGACACCCACAUUUAAUAGAAAAAGUAAUAAAUACAAAAUGUGACCAAUCAAUUCCAACAAUUGUAGGUUAAAUUGACUUAUGGAUACUCAAAUUUCACUGAACAUUUAUAAUGUUGAUUAAACAGUAGCUGUCAUAAUGCCUUUUAUUAUAUUUCUCUUAUAAACCCAAAAAGUGAUAGAUCCUGAUCAUUAUAUAAGGAUAGGGUUAAAAGAAAAGUUAUUUAUAAUAUUCUUAUUGAUUUAUUUUUACAUCUUCUAUACAAAUUAACAGAUCUCAGUGCUCAAAGA